AAGUUGGACGCGGCAGAGGUGGCGAUGAAUGACAUGGCGGUACCAGAAGAGGCGGAGGAGCUGCCCACGGCAGUGACAGAACUGGAGGAGGAGGCGGCGACGGCCCUGCCUAAGAAGAAGGGGCGUUCGCGGAAGUUGGACGUGGCAGAGGUGGCGAUGAAUGACAUGGCGGUACCAGAAGAGGCGGAGGAGCUGCCCACGGCAGUGACGGAACUGGAGGAGGCGGCGGCGACGGCCCUGCCCAAGAAGAAGGGGCGUUCGCGGAAGUUGGACGCGGCGGCGCUUAAGAAGGGUGGAAGCGGCAAAAAGCAAAAACUCUCGAAAAAGGCCCUGAGAGAAGCAAAGAAGAGGGCCAAGGAAGAAAAGAGGAAGCAAGCAAUGAAAAAGAAGGGGCAGGUUGAUGAGAACGUGAUGGAGGCGAUGAAUGCCGAGGCAACUUCUCUUGAGGAGGUUGCAAAGGGAGCAAGGAGUGCUGGAUGCACCGCUUGUAAAUAUACGGUCUCACUCAGAGUUGGCGGCGGAGGUGGGGAAUAA